AUGGCCUCAAAGCGGAAGGCUUCUGACGAUGUGGAGUCGUCGUCAAAACGGCAUCACAUGAGUGAUCUGCCCAGCGAUGAUCCAAUUUACGAAGAAGCCCAUUCUGAUAUGGACUACUCGGCUCCAGCAACUCCCAGUAUGGCCAGUGAUGACAUGAACGAUACUCCAGCAACACCAAUUUCCACCACAUCCUCCCGAUACCCAUCUGAACUUAAGACCCAUCGCUGCCCAUUCGACGGAUGUGAUAAGGCUUUCAAUCGUCCUGCUCGGCUCCAGGAACACAUUCGGUCCCACAAUAAUGAACGAAUAUUUGGCUGUACCUUCGAUGACUGCGACAAGACCUUCCUACGAGCCUCUCAUCUCAACCACCAUAUCAAGAGUGCUCACACCGGAACUCGGGACUAUGUGUGUCCGCGACCAGGUUGCGACAAGAGUUUUGUGACGGGCUCUCGCCUUCGUCGCCACAUUGCUGCACACGAUGGAAGCGACAAAUACCGCUGCACAGAAUAUCCACCCUGCGAGGAGACAUUCCGAAAACAUUCGACCCUACAGAAACAUGUUCUGACAGUGCAUUUGCACCAGAAACCCUUCCCUUGCACACACAUUGAUGAAACUACCGGACAGAAAUGUCAAAUGGCUUUUGAAACCGCUGGCCAUCUUCGAUCGCACCAGAGCAGAGUUCAUGCCGAGAAGAGAUUCAGCUGCGCUGAGUGCGCGGAGAAUUUGCAGAAUUACGAGAAUGCGACUAUUUACUUCCCGACAUAUGCUGUCCUUCAAGAACAUAUUCGGACUGUUCAUCCCCCAAAAUGUCCCCACUGUCCCAUUGUCUGUUCAACCUCACGCGAGCUACGACGCCAUCUUGAAGUCGCUCACGGAGAUGCGAGCCUGGAGGACAGGAAGGUGUUUGAUUGCGCAUUCCCCGAGUGUAACCGCAGCUUUACCAAGAAGGGCAAUUUGACUGUCCAUAUCCGAACUGUACACGAAGGAGAGAAGCGAUUUGGUUGCGGCGAGACCGACCUGUCAGCCUCGAAGAAAGUUACUGGCUGGGACGGGAUCGGCUGCGGGAAGAGAUACGGAAGCAAACUGGCGCUUGAAGAACACAUUCGCACAGCGCAUUUGGGCUUCCAAAAUGCCAAGGCAGAGCGGCGCCAGCGACUUGGCCUCGGGAAGAAGGCCUGUGUUAACAACCAAAUGUCCACAUUGGCGGCACUGACUGGUCAGGGCUAUGUUGAGGAGUCCGGGCGACAUAUAGCCUGUAUCUACGAUUCCUGCGAACAUCGAUUCCACCGUGACUAUGAUUUGUGGGUGCAUAUGACCGCCAAGCAUGGCUGUUCUGAAGACGAAGUCCAAGGGCUAUUCAUGCAACGUGCUUUGCUGGGAGACCAGUCUGGCCCUGGAGGAAACUCACUUGGAAUUUACGGGCUCGAGUUUGAUGAUGCCAACAUGGGCUUUUCGCACGAUUCGACUGCUGGGCAGGGAACUGCUUUCCAGUCCCAUGAUAUAGCUUCGCAGUCAGGUCCAGAUUCUGAUAUUAUGAUGCAAGAUGCAUUUCCUCCGGGUGUCAAUCAUGGUGCCAAUACGAUGAUACCCAACCAUAACGAUAUGGCGUUGAUUGACCCAGUUCUGGCUUAUCACCUGAUGGAGAGCUGA